UUUGUACUCUUGAAACCGUUAAGUUUUUCGAGGAAAUCAAAGAAUACUACCAAUUUUUCCAUGUCUGCACCACUGUCGACAUCAGUAGUAUCAGUUAAGCGGUACAAAUUUACUCUCAAUCAGUUGAAUAAGUUGAAUUUCCUUAAACAUCAAGAUGCGACUGACAACAAAUUGUUGAAACGACUACAGUUAAUCAUUGAACCAUUGUGUCAGUUGACUUUCGCUGGUGAUACCACUGAUUGUGAUGAUGACGGUGGUGAUGACAUUGACGAUAAUACCAAUGUUCAGAGUGACAGAUUCUGUGAAACCCCAGGUAGUCAUGAUACUGAAUUCAUUAAUAGUGAUAUAGAUCAAUUCGAUUCUGAUACUGACAAUGACAGUUGUUAUGGUCGGCUGAAAAGUUGGGGAAGUAGUAAAUUGUACAGAUCUACGAGAAAAUUAUUCUCAGACUCUGCAUCAAUAACUCCUAGUUCAAAAUCCGUGUCUUUAUCAUCCAGAUCUUCGUCUUUACCCACAAGAAGAUAUCGACAGAAACGAAAGCAACACCAUAGUAGUGUUCAACGUUUAAAUCACUACAGUCGUCACUGUCAUCAUUCUCAAAACAAUAAAGCCAACUAUUCAUCAUUAAAUCGUCCAGUGUACAAUGUGAUUCCGGGUCUCUUCAAACUGACAAUGUACUCAUGUGGUUCACUAAUCUAUCAAGAAUGCGUGAAUCUUGUUGAUUUGUUGCUAUUACAGGAACAGCAGCAGCAGCAACAACAACAACAACAGAAAUGCAAACAAGCUGGAGAUGUUAGCGGAGAUUUUGAGUUUAAAGUAAAUGAGAAAUUAUCACUCAGUCUUUCAGUACUGAUUAAUACAAUUAUUGACAAAUUUUAUACUUAA